GUCCCCUCGCCGGGGCCCCGCCCCCUCCAUCCCGCGAGAAAGCUCGAGGCCGGCACCGAGAGGAAAGGAGCUUAUAGAUAGAUAGCGAUGCAGGGCGACGUGCGCACUACGCCUGGCUCCCGGCAGAGUAGCGUAGCAUAGCUUGCCCGCCGCCGCGACCUCCGGGCUUCGGGAAAUGGAGCAGCCGCUCACUGCCUCACUGGCGCCGCACCAAAUGAAGCUGCUUUCUUGAGCUCCACCAAGUUGCUUGCUCUCUUGCUGUGAACAGCACCGAACAGAAGAGGUCCAAGAACGCAGCGCGGGAGGGAGAGAAGAAGCUCUCGCUCGUGCUGUGAUCGCUUGCUUCCGGUGGAGUCGAGCCGCUGGCCAUGGACGCCUACGAGGCCACCAAGGUGGUGUUCUCGCGGAUCCAGGCGCUGGACCCGGACCACGCAGCCAAGAUCAUGGGCUUCCUGCUCAUCCAGGACCAUGGCGAGAAGGAGAUGAUACGCCUCGCCUUCGGCCCGGAGGCGCUGCUCCAGACCGUCAUGGCCAAGGCGCGCAAGGACCUCGGCCUGCUCCCGGCGUCCGGCCCGGCCACGCCCACCUCCGCCGCCGCCGCGCACUCGCCGUUCCUGCUUUCGCGCCAGAACUCCGGCCGCUGCGGUGGCGGCGCCGGCACCGCGCCCUCGCCGCUCUCGGUGUCGUCGCCCUCGUCGUGGGCGCCGCCGCCCGUUUUCUCCAGGAGCAACAGCGUAAGCAAUGGCGCGGCGGAGGAGAUGGCCGGCGUCGGGGAGGACCUGAUGAGCCCGGCGAACGGGAACGGCCCGCCGUCGCCGUUCUUCGGCGCGCCCGCCGGGGACCCCCUCCUCGACGAGCUCCAGCUGCAGGAGCAGCUCGCGUUCCUCAACGACGCAGGCGCGGGGGCUGGGCACCAGCUGCCCCUGUUCGACGGCACCGAGUGCCGAAGCCCCAGCGCUGGCGACGGCGGCUUCUUCCCGUACGGGGGCCUCGGGUGGGCCAACGGCGGCCCCGGGCACCGCCGUAGCUCGUCAGUCAGCGAGCUCUGCCUCGGCGGAGCCGACGGCCUCGGCUGGAAGCCGUGCCUGUACUACGCCCGCGGGUACUGCAAGAACGGCAGCGCUUGCCGCUUCGUGCACGGCGGGCUCCCCGACGACGCCACCGCUCUUGCCGGCGCGAAGAUGGACCCCGCCACCAUGGAGCAGCAGUGCCAGGGCAUCCUACUCCGCUCCAAGUCGCAGCGCCUUGCUGCCGCUGCCUUCCACUACUCCCCAACAGGCUCGCUCCCUGGCUCCCCGUCCGCGGCCAGCAAGUGCCUCAGCUUGCUCCUGCAGCAGCAGAACGAGAACCAGAGGGCGGCAGCUGCAGCGGCCGCCGCAGCGCUGAUGCUGGGGGGCGACGAGGCGCACAAGUUCAUGGGGCGGCCGCGGCUCGACCGCGCCGACUUGGCGAGCAUGAUGAACCCCGGCUCGCGGCAGAUUUACCUCACCUUCCCGGCGGACAGCACGUUCCGCGAAGAGGACGUCUCCAACUACUUCAGCAUCUACGGCCCCGUCCACGACGUGCGCAUCCCGUACCAGCAGAAGCGCAUGUUCGGGUUCGUCACCUUCGUCUACCCGGAGACGGUGAAGCUGAUCCUGGCCAAGGGCAACCCGCACUUCAUCUGCGACGCGCGCGUCCUCGUCAAGCCCUACAAGGAGAAGGGCAAGGUCCCCGACAAGUACAGGAAGCAGCAGCUGCAAGGUGAGAGGGUGGAUUUCUCCAGCGGGUUAGAUGCCAGAGACUCCUUCGAUCUGCACCAGCUCGGUGCGAGGAUGCUGCAGCACUCCAACAGCGCCAACGAGAUGCUGCUGAGGAGGAAGCUGGAGGAGCAGCAGCAGCAGGCAGCCGAGCUGCAGCAGGCGAUGGAGCUCCAGAGCCGGCGCCUGAUGGGCUUGCAGCUGCUAGACCUCAAGUCACGCUCGUCGCCGAGCCCCAUCGGCAUGCCCUUCAGUCCCACCCGUGUUGUCGCCUCCCCAACCGUCGAGUCGCCGCCUGAUUCCGUCGAUCAAGGCAAGGGCAGUAGCUUCCUUCUUCCCCAGAGGCGGGCGGUCAACGGAGGCGAUAAGGAGGAAUCUAGCGGCGAGGCGAGCCCGAACGCAGACAGUGACCAAAGCAGUGCGGAGCAUAACCUGCCGGACAGCCCGUUCGCGUCGCCGACCAAGUCGACCGCAGCAUUUGCUCAUGAUCCUUUCGCGCCCACGGAGUCGGAGAUCGCAGCGGCAGCCUCUCCCGGGCGCAACGCCGCCUCCUUUGCCGGCAUCAGCAAUGGUGGCCUGACUAGCCAUCUCAGGCCCUCUGCCCUGGACAUACCUUCACCAAAGCCAUACUUCUUCCCCAUGUCCAGGCUGUCCUCCGAUCACGGCGCCGGGGCGAUCGGGAUGUAAAGUUGUCCUCAAUGGGAGGGAGUAUGAUACUACUGGCUAAUCAUAGAAUACUAGAUGCAAAGAAAGAAGAUAGUGGAGUAUAGGAAAAAGAAUGGGGAAGUUGCAGCAUAGUGUUAGUUCAGUUCCCUUUUUUUCUUUUUUACUUUCAAGAGUUGAUAGACUUUAUGAAACAAACCACAAGUAGGAGAAGAUGCCAGGCAUGGCCACAAGCUGGGAAGCAGCUAGCAGCAACAGAUUAGUGGUCUCCUAUCCACAUUACCAUCUGCAUUACUACUAAUUACUACCACCAAUUACCAUUAGUGUACUUACCAUUUACCACCACCAGUGUCCAGUAUUGAUGUGUUACUACCACAGUAGGACCUAGUAGCUCCAUGAUAUGCUACUGCUACAACAGCCACUAGUUCAUACACUUGAUAGCACUAGGUGUGAUGCUUACCAACCACAAGAAGAUGAAUACAUGUAAUGUAACUCUACUAGGGCCUGCCUUGUUUGCUUGCCUGUGUGCAAACAGCCAUGCAUGCAAGGCAGUGCACAGAUGUGACAGGCUUGGAGGAGGUUGGUCCCGUGUGGUGUAUUGUAUGUAAAAAGAUCUCACAAGAUGAAGAAACAAACGAGUGUUAGUGUAGGGGUGUGAUUGAAGGACCACCCUCCAGAGUCUGCUGAUGCCGAACCAAGCUGUUUGUCAAUAUAGGGAGGAGAGGUGUCAGCGUUGUUGGCUGGGUGGGGGGUUGUUCGUGGUCCAUCCCCUCUUUCAGCAGAUGCAGCUCACUAGAAAAGAAAAGAUGUUUUUUAUUUUUCCUCCUUUUUUUUUUUUACUUUUGCUUCUGUCGAAUGAAUCUACUGUAGUGACAGUGUUGUUAUACAAAGGAAAGAAAGUCAAAGAUAUGGAAAUAA